AUGGCUUCCUCCCUCAAAGGCCCGACCCCGCAGGAGCACGACGGCAGCGCCCUCCGCAUCGGCAUCGUCCACGCCCGCUGGAACACGACCAUCAUUGAGCCGCUGCUCAAGGGCACCAAGGACAAGCUGCUGGCCUGCGGCGUCAAGGAGAGCAACAUUGUCGUGCAGUCGGUGCCCGGCUCGUGGGAGCUGCCCAUUGCCGUCAAGUCCCUCUACACAGCCUCCCAGGUCCAAGCCAGCUCGUCGGGCUCGGGCUCGUCGGCCGGCGACCUGCUCGGGGCCUCGACGACGGACCUGACGGCGCUGCCCUCGGCGCCCUCGACGCCCUUCGACGCCAUCAUCGCCAUCGGCGUGCUGAUCAAGGGCGAGACCAUGCACUUCGAGUACAUCGCCGACGCCGUGUCGCACGGCCUGAUGCGCGCCCAGCUGGACCUGAGCGUGCCCGUCAUCUUCGGUGUGCUGACGGUCCUGGACGACGAGCAGGCCAAGGCCCGCGCCGGUGUCGUCCCCGGCAGCCACAACCACGGCGAGGACUGGGGCCUGGCUGCCGUCGAGCUGGGCGUCAAGAGAGGCGCCUGGGCCAAGGGCAAGAUUGAGUAG